AUGUGUUUUGUUUCUCUGCCAGAGCCAAAAGGGAAACCUACAGAAGCCAUACGGGGAGGGAGUGUUAAGCAGGUCAACUUUUAUGAUGAUGAUGUGCGUUUUUGGCAACUUUGGCGUAACCGUUCUGCUGCAGCUGAGGCUUCAUCAGCAGUUAAUAACAGCAUGUCCGCAUUUGGUUCUCCAGCUCCAUCUACAAAAGGAAGGCAUUUUCUUGUCAUCUGUUGCGAGAACAAGGCCAUUUUUUUAGAUUUGGUGACAAUGCGUGGCCGUGAUGUACCAAAGCAGGACCUUGACAAUAAGUCUCUUCUCUGUAUGGAAUUCCUCUCAAGAUCAUUUGCUGGUGAUGGUCCUCUUGUGGCUUUUGGGGGAUCAGACGGUGUGAUUAGAGUUCUUUCAAUGAUAGCAUGGAAGCUUGUACGAAGGUACACUGGAGGCCAUAAAGGAUCGAUUGCUUGUUUGAUGACAUUCAUGGCUUCUUCUGGCGAGGCACUUCUGGUUUCUGGUGGUAGUGAUGGUUUACUUGUACUUUGGAGUGCAGACCACAGCCAAGAUUCACGAGAACUUGUUCCUAAGCUGAGCUUAAAAGCUCAUGAUGGCGGGGUCGUGGCUGUUGAACUUUCUAGAGUAAUUGGUAGUGCUCCACAGCUCAUUACCAUUGGUGCAGAUAAGACUUUAGCAAUCUGGGACACAAUUUCUUUUAAGGAAUUGCGUCGUAUUAAACCUGUUCCGAAAUUGGCUUGCCACAGUGUGGCGUCUUGGUGCCACCCUCGAGCUCCCAACCUUGAUAUUUUAACUUGUGUUAAGGAUUCUCAUAUUUGGGCCAUUGAACACCCUACCUAUUCAGCUCUUACGAGGCCAUUGUGUGAGCUUUCCUCAUUAGUCCCUCCGCAAGUGCUUGCAUCUCAUAAGAAACUAAGGGUUUAUUCUAUGGUUGCACAUCCUUUACAGCCACACCUGGUUGCCACUGGAACCAAUAUUGGUGUCAUUGUCAGUGAAUUUGAUGCCAGAUCUCUUCCAGCUGUAUCUCCCCUACCAACACCCACAGAAAGUCGAGAACAUUCUGCUGUUUUUGUAGUUGAAAGGGAAUUAAAGUUGCUACACUUUCAGUUGUCUAACACUGCGAACCCGUCUCUUGGAAGUAAUGGCUCCUUACCCGACACAGGAAGAUUCAGGGGAGAGUCACCCGAACAACUCCAUGUCAAGCAGAUUAAAAAGCACAUUAGUACUCCUGUUUCUAAUGAUUCAUACUCGGUUCUAUCCGUGAGCAGUUCAGGAAAGUAUCUUGCAAUUGUAUGGCCUGAUAUACCUUACUUCUCGGUCUACAAGGUCAGUGACUGGUCCAUUGUUGAUUCAGGCAGUGCAAGGCUUUUGGCUUGGGAUACUUGUCGAGAUAGAUUUGCUCUGCUGGAAUCUGCCCUACCUCCUAGAAUGCCCAUAGUUCCCAAGGGAGGUUCAUCAAGAAAGGCAAAGGAAGCUGCUGCAGCUGCGGCACAAGCUGCUGCGGCAGCUGCUUCUGCUGCUUCAGCUGCUAGUGUUCAAGUUCGUAUCUUGCUGGAUGAUGGGACAUCAAACAUAUUAAUGAGAUCUGUUGGAAACCGCAGUGAACCGGUUAUUGGUUUGCAUGGUGGCGCCCUACUUGGCGUUGCCUAUCGAACCUCCCGGAGGAUUAGCCCUGUUUCUGCUACAGCUAUUUCAGCAAUUCAGUCUAUGCCCUUGUCAGGCUUUGGGAGUAGUGGUCUUUCUUCUUUCUCUACAAUAGAUGACGGAUUUUCUUCCCAUAAGUAUCCAGCUGAAGCAGCACCUCAGAACUUCCAGUUAUACAGUUGGGAAACCUUUCAACCAGUGGGUGGUCUUCUCCCUCAGCCAGAAUGGACAGCAUGGGACCAAACUGUUGAGUAUUGUGCUUUUGCCUAUCAGCAAUACAUUGUCAUAUCUUCCUUGCGCCCUCAGUAUAGGUAUUUGGGCGAUGUGGCAAUUCCUCAUGCUACUGGAGCUGUUUGGCACCGAAGACAGCUGUUUGUGGCUACACCAACUACAAUCGAGUGUGUUUUUGUGGAUGCUGGAGUUGCGUCUAUUGACAUAGAAACAAAGCGUAGAAAAGAAGAGAUGAAGCUGAAAGAGGCACAAGCAAGAGCUGUUGCUGAGCAUGGAGAGUUAGCAUUAAUAGCAGUUGAUGGCCCCCAAACUGACAAGCAAGAAAGGAUAACAUUGAGACCCCCAAUGCUACAGGUGGUGCGAUUAGCUUCUUUUCAGCAUGCUCCCUCUGUGCCUCCGUUUUUAACGUUGCCUAAACAAUCUAAAGUCGAUGGUGAUGAUUCAAUGCCAAAAGACAUGGAAGAAAGAAAAGUCAGUGAGAUAGCUGUUGGUGGUGGUGGAGUAUCAGUGGCUGUUACUCGUUUUCCAGCUGAGCAAAAACGACCAGUUGGACCUCUUGUUGUUGUGGGUGUUAGAGAUGGUGUUUUGUGGCUAAUUGACAGGUACAUGUGCGCGCAUGCAAUAUCCCUUAGCCAUCCUGGUAUUCGUUGCCGGUGUCUCGCAGCAUAUGGAGAUGCUGUUAGUGCAGUAAAAUGGGCAAGUAGGCUAGGUAGAGAACAUCAUGAUGAUUUAGCACAGUUUAUGCUGGGGAUGGGUUAUGCUACCGAAGCACUUCAUUUGCCUGGAUUAUCGAAGAGGUUGGAGUUUGAUCUGGCCAUGCAGAGCAAUGAUUUGAAAAGAGCGCUUCAAUGUCUUCUGACAAUGAGCAACAGCAGGGAUAUUGGGCAGGAAGCUCUAGGGUUAAACUUAAAUGACAUUAUGAAUUUAACAGCAAAGAAGGAAAAUAUUGUGGAUGCUGUCCAAGGAGUAGUGAAGUUUGCAAAGGAGUUUUUGGAUCUUAUUGAUGCUGCAGAUGCUACUGGACAAGCUGACAUUGCUCGUGAAGCUCUUAAGAGGUUAGCUGCUGCAGGUUCGGUAAAGGGAGCUUUACAAGGUCAUGAGUUAAGAGGACUUUCUUUACGCCUUGCAAAUCACGGAGAGUUGACGCGGUUGAGUUCGGCUCAGGACGGGAAGCUGCAUUUGCAGCUGCAGUUUUUGGGAGACAAUGCACUCAUGGAGAAAGCAUGGCAGGAUACUGGGAUGCUUGCUGAGGCGGUGCUCCAUGCUCAGGCUCAUGGUCGCCCCUCGUUGAGGAACUUGGUUCAGUCUUGGAACAAAAUGCUACAGAAGGAGCUGGAGCACACUCCGUCGGCAAAAACAGAUGCGGCAGCUGCAUUUCUUGCCUCCCUUGAGGAAUCCAAGCUCACAAGUUUGGCUGAAGCAGGGAAGAAACCACCAAUUGAAAUUCUUCCUCCCGGAAUGGCUUCUCUCUAUGGUCCCAAUCCUGGUCAGAAAAAACCUGGUCCUGCUAUAACUGGUUCACAGCAGCAAGGCAAGCAGUUGCUUAUAGAUGGACCUGUUGCCACACCAGGAGGUGCCUCCCCUCCAUCAGACACAAGUGCUCCACCUACAUCAGAUUCAGUUGUUCCACCUACAUCAGAAUCCAGUGUUCCACCUUCAUCUGACUCGGGGGCUCCAUCUACUUUAGAAUUGAAUACUCAAGCUCCUUCAGAAUCUACUGCUCCAGUCACCUCAGACACAAGUGCUCCAGUGCCCUCAGAAUCCAGUGAACCAACUUCAAACAAUCAAGAUCCUAACUCAUCCUCAGCAAGCGUUUCAGAUCCAGUUGUGCAAGGCGAUAGCGUCCAAACUGUACCUACAAGUAAUACGACCCCAACAGAUGCUCCUCCCCAGUUACCAGCUAGUCAAGCGCCAACUGCUCCUGCUGCACUGCCAAUGAUUGACUUUACUUGACAAGCUAGUCUUAGAAAUUGCACCUAAGAGAUGUUGUACGGGUGAUUUUUUACAUCAGAGUUCUUUUUUUUUUUGGUCCGGUUUACAUCAGAGUUCAAGCACAUGGGUUCUGUUGCUUGUAUCAUAAGGGAGCUCUUUCAGUGUCUUGAUUAUUGGGAAGUGAAGAAAGAGUUAGUUCUGCUUAGUUGUUGUUGUGUCCACCUUUCUGUAAGUCCUUUACGCUUGUAUAUUAGUUGCUUCUCUUCAAUUUUGCUUGUCUGAUUCAUUUACGCAUUUUCUUGUGUUGAUUUACUUCUUUCUUUCUACCCCUUUUUUCCUUGGUAGAGGUACUUAUAUAGAGACAGGGAAUUCGCAGUUUG